CAACAAAACGCGCGGCAUUUUAAUACGAAAUAGAUUUACUAAACGUAGCAAAGCUAUAAUAUCCCACCCUUAUUUUCAAAGCUCUAAUAAUAGCGGUUGGCGCCAGAAGGCUUGGCGACGUUUGAAAAACCACUCUCCGAGUUCGAGUUCCUCCGCUCAGUUCAACACUGGACUGAAGUCUUCCACGAGUGCUGGUUUUCCAAAUUGUGUUCUUGGUGUUUUGUUGAACAAUGAGGCGGGCCUGGAGUGUCGCGAUCGCUUUGACCAUUUCGUUUUUAUGCAACAUUCAAAUUGGAGAAUGCAAUCCAAGAUGUUACAUCUGCGAUUCGGUGUCAAACGCAAACUGCAUGCAUCCGAGGGAACACAAAAUGAACACAAACGCCUGUAAUCCUAUAAACGUGGACGAAAUGAAGGUGGCAAUCGACAAGCACGAAAUCACCCAGCUCGCCAAAUAUUUCGAUGUCGAAAUAGAUAAGGGAGACCUUGGCGUUCCGUUAAGCUGCAUGAAAACAGUGAUUAAAGUUCACGACAAAGAGAUGACAUUUAGAGGAUGUCAGCUGGCACCCAAGGACAACAUCGACCUCUGCAAGAAGCUAAUCGACGAAAGAGAAGACAUAGUGAAACACUGCAGCUUUUGUAACGAAAACGGAUGCAAUGCCGCAUCGCUCAAGUCAAUAUCCGUCGCUAUGAGUUUGCUAGUUUUGCCAUUGCUAAUAUUAAUUUAAUCUGUUGUUACCAUUUAUGACCAUUCUAUCAUCAUAAUCUAUUCUAAAAUCACACAUUUUACGAUGCGCUUUGUCAGUGUAAAGAAAAUGAUUUUACAAAAUAUGACUGGGCGGACAUAUUGCUGAAUGCGCUUCAUGUGCAAAAGGUACCAACGAAGUUAUGUAUCGUAGGGCCUUAGAGGAACAAUCACAAUCACGUAAAUUUAUUACUUUUAUAGAAGUAGUUAUAAAUGCAUAACGAAACUAUUAGCCAUGAUUGCCUAAUGGAAAGUUCUCAAAGGUGCCACCUGCACCUCAACUAGGACUUACCAUACUAUACAUUUCUGUGUGUAAGUAAUUCCAUUGUAAUUCUAAUUGAAGUUAGUUGGUAAAUAAAUUUUAUUGUACUACUAUUUUCACUCCAAAAACAGUUUA